AUGGUAUGUAUUUUUGGUAUCCUAGCAUAUCAUACAAUAUCAAAAGUUAGAAUUUCAUUGGAAGAUGUCAAAUUAAUAUCCCUACCUAUUGUUACUUCUUCUUCUUCUCGGACAAUUAAUACAAAAACUAUUCGUAAAUUUGUUGUAUUUGCAUCAUCUAUUCAUUCUGAACUUCGAUCAUAUAUAUUCUAUACACCAAUAACAGCAGCUGCAUGGCAACGAAUAGGUUAUCAACCAAUUGUUAUUUUUGUUGGUGAUUUUAUUCAUAAUAGUGAAGCAUCAUUAUCAUCACAACUUAAUUUAACUCGAAAUUUAUUAAAACGAUUAGGUGUACAUAUAAUAGAUUUUCAAUGUAAUCAAUCAUAUUCUACAAAAAUAUCUCAAUUAGUACGUAU